AUGAUUUUCAUAAAAAAUGUCAAACAGCUGUAUAGGUUAUGUAGUGGAAAGUCAAAGUUAUUGUGUAAUUUUAACGAUUUAAACGUUUGUAACCAACGAAUUUUAACCAGAACGAUGUGCACGAUUUUUCAAGGUGUUUUUGACAGAUAUAACGGUGUGACGGUCAAUUCUGUGACGGAAACUUGUGAAAAUGAAAGUUUCAAAGAAAAAUUAGAGGUAUCUCUAACAACCUGGAAAUGUUCAGGUAAACGUGGAAUAUGGUUUAAAGUAAACCUAGCUCAAUCAGACUGGGUACCAGUCCUAGCCAAGAACGGCUUUAAAUUCCAUCAUGCUAAAGAAGAUUACGUUAUGAUGUACAAUUGGCUUCCAAACGACGAAGUUUGCAACAUACCACCUUUUGCCCACACCAUGAUGGGUGUGGGAGCCGUGGUUGUAAAUGAAAAUCAGGAAAUUUUGGUGGUCAGUGAAAGAUAUUUUAUUGGAAAAGAACCAUUGUGGAAACUACCAGGUGGUUAUGUCGAACCAGGUGAAAACUUGGUGGACGCUGCAAUACGAGAAGUCUUCGAAGAAACAAACGUCAAAACCACAUUCGAGUCAGUUUUAACGUUUAGACACACCCACGGUGGCAUGUUCAAUUGCUCCGACUUGUACACAGUGGUGAGUCUCAAGCCUACCACCACAGAAAUAUCAAAAUGCACCAGAGAAAUUUUGGAGUCCAAGUGGAUGAGCGUGGAUGACUACUUAAGUCAUCCAAAGGUGCACGACUUAAAUCGAUUUUUCGUGCAGAAAUAUUUGGAGCACAAAGAACAUAAUUUAAAAAUAGAUUGUUACCACGGUAUUCAUAUGGUAGUUAAUAAACCGUAUACUGUGUACCAUGUGAUGGGAAAAGAUUGGAAGGAAAGUGGAUUAAUUAAGGAUAAAGAGAACAAAAGUUAA